AUGUUCGAGUCGACGACUAAGACUGCCGCACAGUACUGCAUCGUGUACCGCAUCGUCGAGUUCGCUUCCGGUUCAGGCAGUAGCUUGAACACAUACAUUAACAACCACGAGUGGUGCGUGUCUGUCUUUGACGCCGCGCCAAUGUUCUUCGCCUUGUUGGUUGUGAAUAUAUUCCAUCCCGGAAACGUGCUUUCCACGGGGAACAUUGAUGCAUUUGCAGUUCCCUUGAACGAGUGCUGA